CGGUUACUUUUGAGAAAUCACGACUCUGAGACUUUCCUACAGAGGGCGCUGAUGAUAUUUUUCGUGGAAUUUUAUCGAGAUUCCUUUCUUCAAAAUUUCCAUUAAUUUCUCGCACUAGAUAAAGGAAAUUUCUGUUUGAUUGCAAACUUUGAAGCAAAUUUAUGAAAAUUUAUGAUUUUCUUUUGAUGAAAUGUUCAUUUUAUGUUGAAUUUUUUUUGUGCAAAAAUAAGAAAAACUCCCAUUAAAAUUUCAUAAGGCGUCAAAAUUUCAUGAAAUUUAAACCCUCUUCCGGCGGAUUGUUCUCGAAAAGUUUCUCUUUGACGUUUCUUUGAUCGGCCGAAAAUCUUGUGUGUUGUGUGGAAAAACAUCUGUUUAAAUCCAGUGAAAAUUCAGGCCAUCCGUCGUGAAAAUCAAUUGAUUAUUGUCCGUGAAAAUGGUGGGAAUGCCGGGAGCACUUGCAUUUGAUGAAUUUGGGCGUCCAUUCAUCAUUUUGCGCGAUCAAGAGAGGCAGAAGCGCCUCACGGGGACAGAUGCCAUAAAGAGUCACAUUAUGGCUGGGAGGCAGAUUGCGGCCACUAUAAGGACGUCGUUGGGCCCCAAGGGACUCGAUAAGAUGCUCGUGAGUGGAGAUGGGGAGGUUACGGUGACCAAUGAUGGGGCGACAAUUUUGAAGUUGAUGGAUGUUGAGCACGAGAUUGGGAAACUAAUGGUGCAGCUGAGUCAGUCGCAGGAUGAUGAGAUUGGUGAUGGGACAACGGGUGUGGUUGUCCUUGCGGGAGCACUUCUUGAGCAAGCGGAAUCCCUGCUGGACAGAGGUAUUCAUCCCAUCCGGAUUGCUGAUGGUUUUGAAUUGGCUGCUCAGUGUGCUGUGAAGCACCUGGAGAGUAUUGCGGAACCCUUUCCGGUGACACGUGAGAACAUCGAGCCCCUCGUGAAGGUGGCCAUGACGACACUGGGCAGUAAAAUCAUCAAUAAAUGCCACAAACAAAUGGCAGAGAUUGCUGUGAAUGCAGUGCUAUCGGUGGCGGAUCUGGAGAAGAAAGAUGUGAAUUUUGAAUUGAUCAAGAUUGAGGGGAAGGUGGGUGGACGUAUGGAGGACACGACACUAGUGAAGGGUGUGGUCAUAGAUAAGUCCAUGAGUCAUCCGCAAAUGCCGAAGACGCUGAAGGAUGUGAAACUCGCCAUCCUCACGUGCCCCUUUGAACCACCAAAGCCCAAGACAACGCACAAGUUGGACGUCAAGUCGGCUGAUGACUACAAGGCUUUGCGACAGUAUGAACAGGAGAAGUUUACGCAGAUGGUGGAUCAGGUGAAGGCAGCCGGUGCAACAUUGGCCAUCUGUCAGUGGGGCUUUGACGAUGAAGCCAAUCAUUUGCUGCUACAGAAGGAACUUCCGGCUGUUCGUUGGGUUGGUGGCCCGGAAAUUGAGCUAAUUGCCAUUGCAACUGGUGGCAGGAUUGUUCCACGUUUUGAGGAGUUGUCCACAGAUAAAUUGGGCACAGCAGGACUCGUGCGGGAGAUCUCCUUUGGCACGAGCAAGGAGAAGAUGUUGGUAAUUGAGGAAUGCAAAAACUCCAAGGCAGUCACAAUUCUUAUUCGUGGUGGCAAUCAGAUGGUCAUAGCGGAGGCUAAACGUUCCCUUCACGAUGCCCUAUGCGUUGUAAGAUCCCUCAUUAAGGAUUCACGUGUUGUGUAUGGUGGUGGAGCAGCAGAGAUUAGUUGUGCUGUGGCUGUGGCCAAGGAAGCGGAUCAACUGUCCACGCUGGAGCAGUAUGCCUUCCGUGGUUUCAGUGUUGCCCUCGAGAGCAUUCCACUGGCAUUGGCGGAGAAUAGUGGCCUUGCACCAAUUGAUACGCUCACGGAAUUGAAAUCCCGUCAAUUGGCCGAGAGUAGCAGUACCCUCGGUGUGGAUUGCAUGUUGUCCGGGAAUUGUGACAUGAAGCAGCACAACGUUGUGGAGUCACUGCACUCGAAGAAGCAGCAAAUUGUCCUGGCCACGCAGCUUGUCAAGAUGAUUCUCAAGAUUGACGAUAUUCGAUCUCAGGGCGAUUUCUAACUUCCACCCAAUACCCUCGCCCCCAUGUAUUAGCUUGCGCCACCCCCACUAGCCUUUUUAAUUAACAUCAAGAGAACAUUUUCAGUUCUCUUCCAGUAAUUCUUCUCUUUUCUUUUUUGUCUGUAAACCACAAAAUGCAUUGAAAUCAUUAAUAAAGCAUUAACAAUUUUAAUAGAA